AAAAUAAAACCUGCCACGAUAUUGGCAGUGCAGAAAUCCCUAUGUGCCUGAGUUGUCUGAUGUGUUACAUCAGAUUUCAAGUCUCUCUGUGCCAGUUUUACUGCAGCUCAGUUGUUUUCUGACAUUUUCUUUGAAGACUUCCAGUAAGAAGUGAAACCUUAAGGGAAAAGCCCUUGAUCCCAGCAAAAACUGUCAGAGAGUGCAGGAGGUUGAUAAGUGGAAGGCCAAUGUAAAGUAGAUGAAUGACACGGGAGAUGGAACAAGAUUCACUAGAGAUCAGCUCAAGGCAGGCAUGGCCCGAGGAAACCGCAGAAACUCCAGACAGCCAAGCUGCUAAAAACAAACCCUUAAAAGACAGAGGGAACUGGAAGGGAAGGUUUGACUUCCUUCUUUCCUGUGUGGGCUAUGCCAUUGGACUCGGGAAUGUCUGGAGAUUUCCUUACCUCUGUGGAAGAAAUGGUGGAGGUGCGUUCUUGAUCCCAUAUUUUAUGACACUGAUAUUUACUGGAAUCCCUUUGUUCCUACUGGAAACAGCUCUUGGUCAGUACACAGCCAUCGGAGGACUGGGUGUGUGGAAGCUGGCCCCCAUGUUUAAAGGAGUUGGGCUGGCUGCUGUAAUCCUGUCAUUUUGGCUCAACAUUUACUACAUUGUGAUCAUAGCAUGGGCUCUCUACUACCUCUUCAGCUCUUUCUCAACGGUACUUCCUUGGCAAAGCUGUGGCAAUAGUUGGAACACAAAAGCUUGCUUCUCUAACUAUUCCCUGGCUGAUACCUCCAACCUGACCAGUGCAGUGACAGAAUUUUGGGAACGAAAUAUGCACCAAAUUACCAGUGGGCUAGAUGAACCAGGAAAUUUGCGAUGGCCUCUGGCUGGCACACUGGCUCUCUCCUGGAUCCUAGUUUAUUUCUCAAUCUGGAAAGGCGUGGAAUGGACAGGAAAGGUUGUGUACUUCUCUGCCACUUAUCCCUAUGUCAUGUUGAUCAUUUUAUUUAUCCGUGGAGUAACUCUCCCAGGAGCAAAGGAAGGGCUUUUAUUUUACUUAACUCCCAAUUUCAAGAAGCUCUCAAGCUCACAAGUCUGGCUUGAUGCAGCCACACAGAUCUUCUUCUCCUAUGGACUAGGUUUGGGAUCACUUAUUGCUUUGGGCAGUUAUAAUAAAUUCCACAACAACAUUUACAGAGAUUGCCUCAUAGUCUGCAGUAUAAACUCCUGUACCAGCAUAUUUGCUGGAUUAGUCAUUUUCUCUGUCAUUGGAUUCAUGGCCCACAUCACAAAUAAACCAGUAAGCGAACUUGCUUCAUCAGGCCCUGGGCUCGCAUUUCUUGCUUAUCCACAAGCUGUGACACAAAUGCAACCAGCAGCACUAUGGGCCAUUCUCUUUUUCUCCAUGUUACUGAUGCUUGGUCUUGAUUCACAGUUCUGCACAGUGGAAGGGUUUGUUACUGCCCUAAUGGACGAAUAUCCUAAAAGCCUGCGAUCUCAUAAAAAGCUCUUCAUUGCACUGGUGUGCAUCAUUUCAUACCUCGUUGGAUUAAGUAAUGUUACUCAGGGUGGCCUCUAUGUGUUCAAGAUGUUUGACUACUAUUCUGCCAGUGGGAUGAGCCUGCUCUUCCUGGUUUUCUUCGAGACUAUCUCAAUAUCUUGGUUUUAUGGAGUAAACAGGUUUUAUAAGAACAUUGAGGAAAUGAUUGGGUACAAGCCUUGCAUUUGGUGGAAGCUUUGCUGGGUGUACUUUACACCCAUUAUAGUUCUGGGAGUAUUUCUCUUCAGUGCUAUUGAAAUGUCACCAUUGACCCUUGGGGAUUACAUCUACCCCAAAUGGGGACAGGGGAUUGGCUGGUUCAUGGCACUUUCCUCCAUGAUCUUUAUCCCAGGUUACAUGGUCUAUAUGUUUUUCACCACCAAAGGAACCCUUCUACAGCGUUUGCAGGUCAUGGUACAACCCAGGCAAGAGGUCAUAAUUCACAACAAUGGGCUGCAAGCUACUCAGUCCCUCAGCAGAAGCUUUGCUGAUGACACUGUUUAAGGGCUCAUUGUGUAAAACAACAGCUUUAUUCCAUCCACCAUCAACCCUUCCCCACUUCUGCGAUUUCACAGUAAUCCACACAUUGAAUUAGAUUGCACAGUUAAUUUGGAGUUUGUUGGACUAAACUGGUUUCAGUUACAAAAAAUGUCAUUUUGGUAAAUUCUGCCUGAUAAAAAUUAAAAGUUCAAUUUUCACACUGUGCAAUAGUAUUGUGGACAAAACUACUUCUUCCACUCUGCCCAAUAGAGAUUCUGCACACCAUGAGGUUUUUUGUCCUCAUUUUUCACAUACAGGAUUGUUACCACCAAAGGACCUGCUGUGAUCAUCGUGAAGAUUCUCUAAUAUUAGCAGGGAGUAAGAAUAGUUAGAUCUUCUUUUGUUCUUCUCAGGAUGUAUAAAUGGGUAUCUUCUCAUUAGCUCUUUUUACAAAUUCACAUUCUUAAUGCACAAUUAUGACCUUUCCCCUAUGUUACAAAAGAGAUCAGACAUUCAGGAAAAUAUUAUGUUCUUGCUAAAUGCCUUGAACGUUGAUAUAUUUAGAUGUUUGCUCUCAUAAAAAGCAAGUGAAUAAGUUAAUGAAGUAAAUGUCGACGUGCAUUUAUAUUGUCAGAAACACAAAAACACAUUCUUCCUUUUGUGGUAUUUAUAGGAAUCUGUGACAGAGGCAGGAAGGCAUAGCUGCUGACAAAACCAAAGUUUAGAAACACAAAUACGGGAAGUCUGAAAAUAAACAGAAAAACAUUAGAAAUGUACAGUAAGUCAGUUACCAUUUUGUGAGUCCCAGUGUGCUGUCUGGUCACUGGUGGAUCAAGCAAUAUUGAGCAAUCAAGUCGAACUAUCCAAAGAAAUGAAGACUUCUGAAACUCUGGCAAAUAUUGUUUCUACAGGCGAUGCCACCAAGAGCAGAUUCACAGAGAUUUUCCUCAUUCAUUGAUGCAUCGAGGUUUUAAUAAAAGAUAAUACAUAUACUUUUGGUUAAAAAAAAACUUCCAGAUGUCAAAAUGGUUGUGAACUGAGUUUGGAUACUCAGAGAAUAUAAAAGGAAAUUUUAAUUAGUACCCAGUCCAUGUAGUUUUCUUUAAAUGACCCAUCAGCAUGCUCUAUAAAGUUGACCAAACCUUCUUGAUAACCCACAGUGUGAAUUUCUAGUGGUACUUUCAUAGGGCCCCAAGUUUGAAUUCCAGUGAUUAUUUGGAAUAGUUGCUUUACAAAUCUGAAUUUUAAAAUGUAAAGAAAUGGUAAAUAAAUUUAUC